AGUGACUACCCAAAUGAUGGUGAUCCAAUAAAGUGGUAAUAUCUAGAAAUGUAUUACAAAAUGACAAAAGAAAGAGUUGGGUUCUCUCAACACAGCACCCAUUACAGCAUAAUACUUGAAAAGGAAGUUAGUUCCUUACCUUAUUUUUUAAGUCUAUUGGUGUCCACUACGUUGAAAACCCAUUUUCAGACCACACAAAGGGAAUGAGCUAGAUCGAAGCCCGGUGAGGGAAAGACAACCAAUAUAUCCCGCAAGGCCGCAAGUCCUAGUCCAGAAAAUUUCUGACUAUAUUUUUGUGAUCUAAAAAGGUAUGUCAAUAAUUUCUUUAUUAGCCAGUCAAUAAUCUAUAUCGCAUAAUUGUUACAAGUUAAAAAAUGUAAGGCAAAAUUAGAAUGUCUUAAACAAAAGAAUCGGUUGCAGACCAAUUGGUUAUUGCAUAUUGCAUUAACCAUUAACAUUUGUACGGUAUAUCACAUAUACCCAAUUCAAAAACAAUAGUUAAACCUUGACAGUGAUGAAAGAAAAUAAUUGGGAAUAUGGUUACAUCAUGGCGUCACCAAACUAAUUCCUUUUUUUGCUAAAUUAACUACUUCAACUUGUUAAACUUUCACCAAACUUGCCUCCAUGCCUAUCCAUCUUCCUAUAACUUAUGUCCCUAUAAUUACAUAAACAAAAUUAUGAGUGACAUUUAAUUUGAAUAUAAUAUAUUAUGCGAUAUGAGAUAGCUAGUGAUUUAUUUAAGAAUUUGUCUUCUAAAUCCAUUAUUUGACCAACAUGUAAUUUUUAAAUGUGAAUUUCAAUUCCUCAAAUUACUUAUUUCCAUUUAUUUGGUGUGAUACUGGGAAAAAACUGUCUCAAAUUUUUACUAUAACCAAAUAGCAAGGAUGUCAAAAUGAGUUAGACCGUUCAACUCAUUGCAUCUACUAGUGAGCUCGGAUCUUUCAUGAAUUAGCUCGGUUCAGCUAAUUUAUUAUAUGAGGUUCAAUAUAUAAAUUCAAACUCAAGUCAUCUAGAUCAUGAAUCAAAUGAGAUAACUCACGAUCUAAUGUAAAAAUAAUUAUAAUAAAAACAAAAUAUUAAAAUACAUUUUAUAAUAUUAAAAGUAUAACUUCUAUAUUAGUUAUCUAUGUUUUAUCAAUUUCAAAUGUAAAAUAAAAUAUCAAAUAAGAUAAUUACGAGUAAUAUAGGAAUUAUCUCUUAGGAAUAGUUUGCUUUACAUUUUAAUUUAAAGAUAUAUAUGAGACUAUGAGUGAUAUAAAUAUUUUUAACAUUUUCUAUAUAUAUCUAUAAAAAAAUUGGUUUUAAAUUUUAAUUUUAGAAGAUAAAUAUUAUUAAUAUAGAAAUUUUCAUUAUUUAACAUAAGAAAAUAGAAGUUUCCGAUAUGUAUAAAUAUAUAUAUAUAUAUUUUUUUUAAUUAUAAAAUUGAUCAAACUCAUGAGUUGUCUCAUAUUCAUUAAAAGUCGUUCAUGUAGCUCGUAAUUUAAUUUAAAUUCUCUUAUUAAAAUUAUUUAUUAAAUAAGCCUAAAAUAGAAAAUUUGUGUCGAUGAAAAAUCGAAUUGAGCUGGAAAGCUCAUGAGAUAUAACUCAUUUUAGCACCUCUACCAAACAGUCGACUCUAGAUUGGAGUUGCGAUGGUAUUCUUCUUUGAUGUGGAAAUACUUCUAAUCAUAUUUUCAAUUGUGUUUCCAGAAACAAGCAAAUUCGACACAAUAAAUGGAACAUGUAAAAAUAGAAUAGAACAAACGUACCAAAAAUCAGUUCCUUUCUGAGAGGGAAAUUAAGGCAAUCAAUAACAUGUAUAUUAUCCUAAAGUUCAAAUAUACUAUAGCACAGCAAACAUAAUAAAAUUUAGUUUAUAUUUUCCAUGGAAUUAUUGAGUUAGCCGACAUAAAGAUAGUGGACGAUAUAAAACAUAUUCUUAUCCUAAAUAAUAUAAGUGUUAUGUUAACUAGUAAACAAUAAUUUCUUCAUAACCAACAAUAAACGGCAUGAAAAGAACCGGAGUACAUUACUGUAUAAACCGACUCAUCGAACAGGUGCAGAUAUAUAGACAUUGAACAACCGAACAGUACACAAAACUCCAAAAGAAAAAGAAGAAAAAAUGGCUUCAACCUCAACACUUCUAAUGAAAACAAUCUUCAUCUUACUUAUCUUUGUCUCUUUUACAAUCUCUCCGGCAACUUCAACGGCGCCGGAACACUGCGGAAGCGAGUCAGCUAACUCGUGCAUCAACAAGGCUAAAGCUUUACCUCUCAAAAUAGUAGCAAUUGCCACAAUCCUAGUAGCAAGCAUGAUUGGUGUUGGAGCUCCUCUCUUUAGCAGUAACGUGCCGUUCCUUCAGCCCGACGGGAACAUUUUCAUUAUCGUUAAGUGUUUUGCCUCAGGGAUUAUCCUAGGAACCGGUUUUAUGCACGUUUUGCCUGAUUCUUUUGAGAUGUUGUCAUCACAAUGUCUUGAAGAGAACCCGUGGCACAAAUUUCCAUUCUCCGGGUUUCUCGCUAUGUUGUCCAGUCUAAUCACUUUAUUCAUUGAUUCCAUGGCUACGAGCAUCUAUGCUAGCAAUAACGCAGAUGGGGUCGUACCGUAUGGUCCUGUAAAUGGUGUUACCUUACCAACAAAAGUUGACGAUUCUGCACAACUCUUGCGCUAUCGAGUCAUUGCUAUGGUAUUGGAACUUGGAAUCAUAGUUCAUUCUGUGGUCAUUGGACUUUCUCUAGGAGCAACAAAUGACAUUUGCACCAUAAAAUCACUCAUCACAGCUCUUUGCUUCCAUCAAAUGUUCGAAGGCAUAGGUCUUGGUGGUUGCAUUCUCCAGGCCGAGUAUACGAAGUUGAGUAAGUUUCUUAUGGCGUUCUUUUUUGCGAUAACAACUCCAUUCGGAAUAGCGUUAGGGAUCGCCCUCUCGACAAUUUACAGAAACAAUAGCCACAGUGCAUUAAUCACUGUUGGAUUGCUCAAUGCAUGCUCCUCGGGAUUGCUCAUCUACAUGGCGCUUGUGGACCUUCUAGCGGCCGAUUUCAUGGGACCAAAGCUUCAAGGUAGCGUCAAAAUGCAGAUCAAGUGUUUCGUAGCGGCUCUUCUAGGGUGUGGUGGCAUGUCGAUCAUCGCCAAAUGGGCUUAACCAAUUCCAUGGAGAGUACUGCGGAACUGAAAUGUGAAAUUUUGUUGUCGAACUAAAAACCGUUUUUGAGUCUCGAUUCUUUAUCGUUUCUUUCCAUUACAAGAUACGUGGUACCUAUCAUGUGUAAUGUCUUUUAAGAUGUAUGUAUGGUGAUUGUGAAAGUGCAAGAUGGGUCUCAUAUAGAAAUUAAUACAUAUAAACAUUUUUUCAGAACAACAAUACAUAUAAAUACUAUAUUUUCUUUAUGAUACAAAGUAAAUAAUGAAGGUUUCUCUUACAAAGAAAAAAAGUGUAAAUGAUAUUAACAUAGAUAUAUUGUAUAUUUUUAAUAUUGAUAUAUAUUAAAUGAUAUUUUCUACUCAUGAUUUUUGAUCAUUUGUAUCUGUUUAUAACAAAAACUCCGAAUCACUGAUAAUAAUUUUUUUGUUUUGGGAUGUUUAAUAAUUUUAAUAAUUUAUAUUUUUUUUAAACUAUGCAAAGUUUAAAAUUAAACAAAAAAUGAUAGAGAAUACACUAAUUUGUUUAAUCAAAUCUUUAUUAUUCAAAAUCAUUAUUUUUCAAAAUAUGGAAGUGUCUAAUGUGGCUAAUAUAUAUAUAUAUAUAUAUUAGCCACAUUAGACACUUCCAUAUUUUUUAUUUAAAGAAAGAAUGAAUAACAUUAAUAAUUAAUUUAUGGUUAGUUUAAUAUGAAGUUUAUUAUAUAUUUAGAUGGAUUAACUUAUUUCUUUGAAAAUUGUAAAAAUCAUUGUGGUGAUAACACAUGGCUAUCUCAAAUAUUGUAAAUGAUUCACAAAUAAUAUAUAAGAGAUUUUGUGGCUUCCUCUAACCAAUUUACCAAGGAAGAGAUAUUUUCAUAUUUUCCUUAUGGAAUAUUUAUAAAUCAUGUACAAAAGUUUUUGGAAAUCUUUCCUUGAUGAUUUUCCUUUCUCCAAAAUAAAUCUUUGAUUCCUUGGAUUCCAAAUAACUUAUAAUUUAUCUCUAUGUCAGCUUCUACUCCAGUCUUCAAGUCAGCUAUACAACUUCAAAUCAUGUAGCACUUUUUGUACUAUUUCACAACUGGUACAUAAACAACUUAGGGAGGUUGUAUUUUUCGGCUUCUAAAACUCUGUCGUCACUGUGCUGAGAAUAUCCCACUGAGGAUUGAGUUUUAGAAUACAAUCUGCACACAGUCAUAUCAAGCACCAUACUUCUUGUUGUACUCUAUCAUCCAUCUUGUCUUUAAGAUCUCAUCAGUGACUUCGGUGACCACUCUAAUACCAAUUAAAACUUCAAAUAGGUCUGAUAUAAAGAGUAAUACAUACAUGUACAAUGUUUUAUUAUGACACAAAGUAUUACAGCAUGAAAUAAUGAAUGUUUCUCUUAUAAAGAAAAGGUGUAUUACUAAUCCUCUUUCAAGUCUACUUAUAUGUCCCACUUAAAAAACAGUAGCCUAACAUGUUCAAUCAUCUAUACAUAAUACAAGAGCCCUCAUGACACUUUAGUCCUUAUGUUUUGUGUUCACAUACAUUGAACUCCAAAAUCUUUAUGUUUAGGAUGGUGCCGAAUACAAAGCACCUCAUAAAAUACUUAGGGGCUGUUUGUUUCACCAUUUGUCAUCUCCAUCCAAAUGAUUCAUUCAGAUGAUUCAUUCAGAUGAUCCAUUCAGAUUUUUGUGAUUGUUUGUUUGUCCAUCCACAUGGUUCAUCAAGAUGAAUCAUCUAAAUGGAUCUUAUGUUUGUUUCUUUAUUUUCAUUUCCAUUCAAAUGAGUUUAGUAAACAAAUUACCAAAAUACCCUUGUGUUGGUUUAAUCAUAUGUUUGAUAUUAAUUAUAACUAUACUACAUUUAAUUAUUUAGUUUAAUAUAUUUACAUUAGAAUUUUUUCAAAAUGAACGAUUUUCUUUUUGCGAUUUGGGCGAAAAAAAAAGAUUUUUCGGUUUUAGAGAGAAAACACAUUUUUCGGUUUUGGCGGAAAAACAAGAUUUUUCGGUUAUGGCGGGAAAACGAGAUUUUUCGGUUUUGGCGGGAAAAUACAAAUUUUUGGUUUUGGCGAGAAAACACAUUUUUGCGGUUUUGGUGGAAAAAGACGUUUUUGGUGGGAAAACGCGUUUUUUGCGGUUUUGGAGGAAAACACGUUUUUGCGAUUUUCGCGGGAAAAUGAAAUUUUUCGGUUUUGGCAAGAAAGCGAGAUCUUUCGUUGGAAAACGCGUUUUGCGGUUUUGGCGAAAAAACGCGUUUUAGCGGGAAAAUGCGUCUUUACGAUUUUGGCGGAAAAAUACGUUUUUGCGAUUUUGGCGGGAAAACGCGUUUUUGCGGUUUUGGUGGGAAAACACAUUUUUCAGUUUUGACGGGAAAGCAAGAUUUUUCGGUUAUGGCGGGAAAAAGCGGUUUUUUUUGUGUGGUUUUGACGGAAAAACACGAUUUUGGCGGGAAAGGGUGUUUUUGCGUUUUUUUGCAGUUUUCGCGGAAAAAAUGAGAUCUUUCGGUUUUGGCAGGAAAACGAGAUUUUUCGGUUUUGGCGAGAAAAAUGAGAUUUUCGGUUUUAGCGGGAAAACACGUUUUUUUUUGUUUUGGCGGAAAACGUGUUUUUGCAAUUUUGGUGGGAAAACGUGUUUUUGUAAUUUUGGCGGAAAAUUGCGUUUUUGGGGUUUUGGCGUGAAAAAAUAGUUUUUAAGUUUUCACGGGAAAACGUGUUUUUGUAGUUUUGUCAGUUUUCGUAUAUGACAAAAAUGAUAUUAUGUUUAGGUUUGUAAUUUAUGAAUUACAUUAGGGGCAUAAUAGACUUUAUAUCAUUUUGAAUGAACCAUCUUCAUUCAAAUGAUCCAAAUUGGUUCAGCUGAAUGGACUUUAAAAUUAAGCCUAAAUUUCCAAAAGUCAUCCGGAUGAUCCAUCUGAAUGAAUUGCACUUUUAGUACCUAAACAAACAAAACUCUCAUCUUCAUCCAAAUGAUCCAUCCGGAUGGAGAAACAAACAGGCCCUUAGAUUUCUCACUCUAGUCAACUUCUCAAAACAUAGAUAUUUCUAAGUUUUGUACAAAAACUUUUGAAAAUAUUUCCUUGAUGAUUUUCUUUUUUUUUUUUCCAAAAUAAAUCUUUGUUUUUUAGUCCCCCUAGGGUGAACCUCUUAAUAUAAUUUGAGAAUAUUUUGUUUCCUUUUUUAAAAGAUAUCGAACUUGAAAUAAUGAAAUCCUAUUGGUUGGUCAACCCAAGAAUAACUCUUUAUAAAUCGGCUUUUUCCACAUGCUUAUGAUAAUGUUUGUUUCCUGUAUUACAGGAACUUAUUGUUGCCAAGUUCUUUAUUGUUUAUAACUAAUUUAGGAAAUGAUUAGGGAAAAGACAUGGAAAUCAUUAAAUUAGAGUAGUUAUUACUUCAGUGGCAUUGAUAUAUAAAUAUUUUAUAAGUUUUAGGGUAAAUCUAUAUUUGUACUUUUGUUUUAAUAAUAUAGAUAAGCAUAUAAACAGUAAACAAUUCAAAACACAUAAAAACUCCAAAAGAAAACAAAGAUGGCUUCAACUCUAACGGUCAUCAUGAAAACAAUCUUCCUCGUACUCAUCUUUCUCUCUUUUAAUAUCUCUCCGGUAACUUCAACGACACCAGAAGACUGCGGAAGCGAGUCAGCUAACCCGGCACAACAAGGCUAAACCUUUGCCUCUCAAGUUCAUAGCAAAUGCAGCCAGUGAUUGUGAUAAUGACAUUUAAGCACAUUUUCACUAUUGUUAAGUGUUUCGCCUUAGGGAUUAUCCUUGGAACUGGUUUUAUGCACGUUUUGCUUGAUUCUUUUGAGAUGUUGUCAUCACUAUGUCUUGAAAGAAAUCCUGGCACAAGUUUCCAAUUUCCGAUUUUCUCUCUUAAUCACUUUGGUCAUUGAUUCCAUGGCUACAAGCAUCUAUACUAGCAAGAACGCAGUUGGGAUCUGAUGCAGCGCAUCCUCAUCGGGUUUUUUUUUUUUUUUUGUAACAGCAUCCUCAUCGGUUUAGCAUCUCGUUUACACACUAAACCGAGUUCGUGUAGUCCUUAUCUAUUUAGGAGUUUGAGCUUUAUCUUUUAGUAUUAGUGGCUUUAAUUAUAUGUUUAGAUAAUUCUUUUUCACGUGUUUUUCUUUAGGGUUAUCAACGAUCCCAUUAUAUAAGAGACUCAUCUCCUCUUGUAAAGGUCACGACUUAUUUGAUUAAUAAUAUUAAGAGCUUUUCAACUCUAAGCCUUGUUCUCGGAUAGAGCUAGAUUUUCAACUAUCUCAAGAAGGCAAAGAUUCUUAGUGCAUGUUUAUUACAGGUCUCUUAGGUUGGGUCUCUUAUAUUACGCUAAGAGACCCAACCUAAGAGACCUGUAAUAAACAUGCUCUUAGGUAUUCUCAGAAUCAAUAGCUAGGUUACUUGCGUUAUUCGUAGCUUCCGGCCGCUACACCAGGAUCAUACCACAUGCACAUGGUCACGGCCCUGGAAAUGAUGUUACCCUACCAACUCUUGCGAUACCGAGUCAUUGCUAUGGUUAGUACACAUAUGGAUGUAUUCGAAACCGAAUAUUAAUUGAUGAUAUCAUUUUAAAUGAUAUAGCCUAAUAUAAAUCUUAUGAAUACAUAGUGGAACUUGGAAUCAUAGUUCAGUACUUUGUGGUCAUUGGACUAUCUCUAGGAGUAACAAGUGAUAGGUGCACCACUAAAGGACUCAUCGCAGCUCUUUGCUUCCAUCAAAUGUUUGCAUGGGUCUUGGUGGUUGCAUUCUCCAAGUAUAUAAAAUUAUAUCUAAAAAUUAUCUUAUGUCAAGAUGUUAUAGAAUUGUAACUAAUAAAAUUUUAAUGUUUGAAUCUUUUCAGGCCGAGUAAACGAACUUGAAGAAAUUUCUUAUGUCGUUUUUUUUUUUUUUGCGAUAACAACACCAUUCGUAAUAGCGUUAGGGAUCGCUCUUUCGACAAUGUAUAGAGCCAAUAACCCCACUGCAUUAAUCACUGUGGGAUUGCUCAAUGCAUGCUCCGGUGGAUUGCUCAUCUACAUGGCGCUUGUUGACCUUCAUGCGGCCGAGUUCAUGGGACCAAAGCUUCAAGGUAGCGUCAAAAUGCAGAUCAAGUGUUUCAUUGCGGCUCUUCCAGGGUGUGGUGUCAUGUCGAUCAUCGCCAAAUGGGCUUAACUAAGUUUCCGGAUAAUACUGCAGAACUGAUGUCAUGUGGAUUUUGUUGUCGAACUAAAAACUGUUUUUGGUUUAAGUCUCGAUUCUUAAUCGUUCUUUUCCCUUUACAAGAUACUUAUCUGUCAUAUUUUAUGUCCUUUUGUACAUAUGUAUUGUGAUUGGUCCUAGGGAUGAGCAUUCGGAUACCCGUUUGGGUUCAGAUCGGGUAUUUCGGUAUAGAGAUAUAGAAUCCUUUCGGGUAUUUCUACACUUCGGAUUGGAUUCAGGUAUUUUAUGUCCGGAUUCGGUUAUUUUUGAUCGGGUUUCAGAUAUUUGGAUUUUCAAGAAAAAAAAUUAAAACUUCAUUGUUUAAGUUUUUUAUAUUUAAAAUAUACUUUUAAUAUAAUUAGUUUUCUAAUUUUUAAUAGAUUAAACUAUUAAUAGAUUUUGAAAUAAAAAUUUAAAAAUAGAAAAAUACUAAUUUAGUUGUUGUUUUGAAAUUUUGGAUGCAACUUUUGUUAAAGUAAAAAACAAGAACUUGAUAUAUGUUUUAAGUGAGUAGUAAAUGAUUUUUUCCAUAAUUAUACACAUAUUAUCUGAUUUUUAGCCGUAGUAUCAAUAUAGUUCUUUUCGUAUAAGUGUAUUUAUUGUAUUCGCAUCACAUUUACAUAAAAACAAACUUUUUCAAGAUUAGCAAAUUAUAGAAAAAAAAUAUUUGUUACGUUUUUUAAUUCGGCAAGCUGGAUGCCAAACAUUAAUGGAACAUUAGUAACAUUAGUCUAUAUAUAAGUAGGCCGGUACACCGUACACAUGCCCAUUGUUAACAACAUGCAAUCUAUACUGCUUCAAUUCUGAAUUUUACUUUUCUGAUGUGUUCGACGCGGAUUCUUUGGUGAUAUUCAUAUUUUUACCGGCUGACCAAUACCAUUAGAUUUGUUUUGGUAAUAACAUCCUUCAAAACAAGAAGUUAAAGCAGUAACCAAAUGAUGGUGAUCAAGAUCCAAUAUAGUGUAAUCUUUAGAAGUAUAUUAUAAAAUGACAAAAGAAAGGUUAAUUAGGUUGUCUUAACAGCACCCAUAACAAAUCCCUUUACAGCAGAAUACUUGAAAAUUAGGCAAUUUCAUAUAGUUUUUCUUACCUAACAUUUUCGUUUUUAGUCUAUUAGUGUUCAAUCUGAAACCCAUUUUUCACACCACACAAAGGGAAUGAUAUUGAAGUCCGGUGAGGGAUAAGACAACCAAUAUCCCGCAAGUAAUAGUCCAGAAAAUUUCGGUGACUAUUUUUAUGAUUUUAAAAACUAUCAAGUCAGUUUUGUUUCAAAGGAAAAACUAUCAAGUCAAUUAUCUUUUCUUUAUUCGCCAGUCAAUAAUCUAUAUCAGAUAAUUGUUACAAAAGAUAAGCAAAAUUAAAGACAAUUUGAAAGUUGGUCGUAUUAGAAUGCCUUAAACAAAAGAAUCAGUUGCAGAGAAAUUUGUUACUGCACAUUGCAUAUAUGACAUACCAUUAAUUAUAUAUAUUACGGCAUAUUACAUAAUAUCCAAUACAAAAGAAUAUUUAAACCUUGACAAUGAUAUGAAAGCAAAUAAUUGCGAAUAUGGAUAAAUCAGCGUUACCAAACCAAUUCAUUGUUUUCUAAAUUAACUACUUCAGCUAGUUAAACUUUCACCAAACUUGCCUCCAUGCCUAGCCAUCGUCCUUCUAACUUAUGUCCCUAGACGUGCAUAAAUAAAAUUAUAAGUGACAUUUAAUAUGAACAUAAUAUAUUAUUCGAACUGGCUAGCAAGAUGUUUUAUAAAUUAUUCGAUAUU